GCAAGCGAAUUCAAGAAUGCCGAGUCAUAAGCAUAAGUAAAAAGCAAUAGUGAGGGAGAAACAAAGUUGUACGUAUUUUCAAGCAAAUAACUUAAUUGCCAUUUUCGAAAAGCUAUUAACUAGGAACAGGCCACAAGAUGACUGUGACCAACAGGAUGGAGAUUGAGACAGCCUACCAAAAGGGCGAAGGCUUUCGAUCGUAUUACAUUCAAAAGAUUGAGGAGCUGCAGCUGAUUGUGGCCGAAAAAAGUCAAAACUUACGACGCCUGCAGGCGCAGCGUAACGAACUAAAUGCUAAGGUUCGCAUGUUGCGCGAAGAGCUGCAGUUGCUGCAGGAGCAGGGCAGCUAUGUUGGCGAAGUAGUCAAACCCAUGGAUAAGAAGAAGGUAUUGGUUAAGGUACACCCCGAAGGAAAAUUUGUUGUCGACCUGGACAAGAAUAUUGACAUUAAUGAUGUGACUCCCAACUGCCGCGUCGCUCUACGCAAUGAAAGCUACACUUUGCAUAAGAUCCUGCCCAACAAAGUCGAUCCAUUGGUCUCACUUAUGAUGGUCGAGAAAGUGCCGGAUUCGACAUAUGAAAUGGUCGGUGGUCUGGACAAACAAAUCAAGGAAAUCAAAGAGGUCAUCGAAUUGCCUGUUAAACAUCCGGAGCUCUUCGAUGCUCUGGGCAUUGCCCAGCCGAAAGGUGUGCUGCUGUAUGGUCCUCCCGGAACGGGCAAAACUCUAUUGGCGCGUGCCGUCGCUCAUCACACCGAAUGCACAUUCAUCCGUGUGUCCGGCUCCGAAUUGGUGCAGAAGUUCAUUGGCGAAGGGUCACGUAUGGUGCGUGAGCUGUUUGUAAUGGCUCGUGAGCACGCACCGUCUAUUAUAUUCAUGGAUGAAAUCGACUCUAUUGGCUCGUCACGAAUUGAGUCCGGAUCCGGUGGCGAUUCCGAGGUGCAGCGCACCAUGUUGGAGUUGCUAAAUCAGCUCGAUGGCUUUGAGGCCACUAAAAAUAUCAAAGUGAUUAUGGCCACAAAUCGUAUUGAUAUUCUUGAUCCAGCUUUGUUGCGUCCCGGUCGCAUUGAUCGCAAAAUCGAGUUCCCACCACCAAACGAGGAAGCUCGUCUCGACAUCCUGAAGAUUCAUUCGCGCAAAAUGAACUUAACGCGUGGCAUUAAUUUACGCAAAAUCGCCGAACUGAUGCCUGGCGCAUCAGGUGCCGAGGUAAAAGGCGUCUGCACCGAAGCGGGAAUGUAUGCAUUACGCGAGCGUCGCGUCCAUGUCACCCAGGAAGACUUCGAGAUGGCUGUGGCAAAGGUGAUGCAGAAAGACUCGGAGAAGAACAUGUCGAUUAAGAAACUCUGGAAGUAAGGCACUCUACCUAUCUGCCUUGCAGUUGAUAAUUACUAUAACCAUUACACUUAUAUUUUAUAUUUGCAUAAGUUCUGUGAAAAUAAAAGCUGAGCAUGCCUCAUAAGUCGCUGUAGAUUUUUGAAAUGAA